CGUUUGCCCUGCCCCUCCACGCCCCUUCCCCCGCCUCCGGCCCCGCCCCCUCCGCCUCAGGUGAGGCCGCCAGGCCUAGCCGGCCCCACGCCGCUGCCUCCGCCUCCGGGCCACCGCUGCUGCGGGGCCACCAUGCUCCUGCCCAGGCCUGGAGACUGACCCGAAGAGGGCACCAUCUCUCAGCUCCGCCCCCACCUGUCGGACCCCAGGGUCCCACCCUGGCCCAGGAGGUCAGCCGGGGAAUCAUUAACAAGAGGCCGUGACAUGGCGGAGAAGGAGGGUGGCCGGACUGUGCCAUGCUGUUCCGGACCCAAGGUGGCAGCUCUCACAGCGGGGACCCUGCUGCUCCUGACAGGCAUCGGGGCAGCGUCCUGGGCCAUUGUGACCUUUCUACUCAAGAGUGAUCAGGAGCCGCUGUAUCCGGUGCAGGUCAGCCCGGCCGACGCCCGGCUCAUGGUGUUCGACGACACGGAGGGCACGUGGCGGCUGCUGUGUUCCUCGCGCUCCAACGCCAGGGUGGCGGGCCUGGGCUGCGAGGAGAUGGGCUUCCUCAGGGCCCUGGGCCACUCGGAGCUGGACGUGCGGACGGCGGGUGCCAACGGCACGUCGGGCUUCUUCUGCGUGGACGAGGGGAGGCUGCCGCUGGCCCGGAGGCUGCUUGAGGUCAUCUCUGUGUGUGACUGUCCCAGGGGCCGUUUCCUGGCUACCGUCUGCCAAGACUGUGGCCGUAGGAAGCUGCCUGUGGAUCGCAUCGUGGGAGGCCAAGACACCAGCCUGGGCAGGUGGCCGUGGCAAGUCAGUCUCCGUUACGAUGGAGCACACCUGUGUGGGGGGUCCCUGCUCUCCGGAGACUGGGUGCUGACAGCCGCCCACUGCUUCCCUGAGCGGAACCGGGUCCUGUCUCGAUGGCGAGUGUUUGCCGGCGCUGUGGCCCAGGCCUCACCCCAUGGCCUGCAGCUGGGGGUGCAGGCAGUAGUCUACCACGGGGGCUAUCUCCCCUUUCGAGACCCCAACAGUGAGGAAAACAGCAAUGAUAUCGCCCUGGUCCACCUGUCCAGCCCCCUGCCCCUCACGGGUGAGUCUGGGGGAUGAGCCUUGGCCUGGGGACUCCAGAGGCUGGGAGGACAGAGGACCGAGCCAUAGGAUUCCAUGGUGAUAAGGAAAACGACCUCUAGGGGAGUUAAGCACGGAGUUCGCAUUUGCCGCAGCAGAUCCACCUGGGGCUCCGUGCCCAGAGGAAAUGAAAAUACGGGUGCACACAAGAUCUUAGACGCGGGUGUUCACGGCAGCUCUAUUCACUUUGACAGUCAAAAGAUGGAAGCAGCCCAGAUGUUUGUUUGACAAAUGCAUAGACAAAAUGUGGUAGAUCCAUACAAUAGGGUAAUAUUUGGCCAUAAGACAGAAUCGUGGAGCACUAACACAUGAUACACAGCCGAUAAACCUUGAAACCAUUGUGCUAAACCAAAGAAGUCAGACACAAGAGGCCAGUAUGUGAUUCCAUUUAUCUGAAAUGUCCAGAAUAGGCAGAGCUGGAGAGAGAGAAAGUAGAUUAGUGGCUGCCAGGGAGUUGGGCUGGUGUGAGGUGGAUGGGGACAGGGAGAUUGGGAGGUGACGAGUAGAGAAUACAGGAUUUCUCUUUGGGGUUGAUCAAGACGAUCUCAAAUCGAUGG